CGAACCUACUCCUCAUCGUCAACACCACCCACCCUGCCUCAAUCAUCGCAACAAUACUAUCGCCGUGGUUAUAUACGCCGUUCGAUCGCUAGCUCCUGACAAUUAAUUGCACUGUCAUGGAGCCUUCGAGUAAGAAGCGCCGCCUUGCGCCUAAAGUUGCCGAAAAACCACUGCAUGAGCAGGUAAGGCGGACGAUAAAGAAUGUCAUGAAUCUCUAUGGAACACUCACUAACCGAAUUUCCAGUCGCCGCAGAUGCGAUACGACUACAAGGCUAUGCCUCCAGUCCAAGAUGCAGCCCCUCCCCCAGAGCGCACCGACUUCGAGUCCUUUGCGCGACAUUUGCAAGAUGCCGCAAUGCUCAUCUAUGCCCAAGCCAAUCGCUCGCCAUACACAAGCGCCUCCGUUCUUCUUCUUCGCUGGGAAGAUGACUUGAGUGCGGAACCAGAUCUUGCGUCGUUGGAAAAGGCAUUUCGCGAGAUAUUCAACUAUCGGACAGAAACAUGGAGCAUUCCAAGCUGCCCUAACCCAAGCGUCAAAUUGUCCAUGCAAAUGGCACAGCACAUUGAAUUUGCUCGUUCUGAUCACCUCUUGAUUGUCUACUAUGCCGGUCAUAGCUUUAUUGGCACAGAUCACAAUCUCUACUGGGCAUGGUAUGAAUGAAAAUACACAGCCUCGUUGGGGUAAAGCUAAUUUGUAACAGCAACCUUCGUGAAGAUUCCUCUAGAUUGAAGUGGGAAGGUGUCAGGUGCCUCCUAGAGGAUGCCCAGUCUGAUAUCUUGCUCUUGCUGGAUACUUGCGCUGUUGCGGAUGCUCCUACGGCUGGAAAUCAUGGCGUUAAGCAGGUAAUCGCUGCUUAUACUCCCGAUCAAGUUGGACGGGAUGUCGGCCCACUUUCUUUCACUGCCAAUCUGGUUGAUAGUCUCAAAAGACUUGGAAGUGGCCGUCCUUUCAGUAUACAACGUCUACAUGAAGAGAUCAUCGCACAGAAGCACAAUAAUAUUCUCAUUCACCAAUCCCCUCUGGCCAAUGGCUCCAGUAAACCUACAUCCGCCCAUGAGCGUAUGCCAGUAUGCUUCUCAUUAACACCUGGCUCACUUCAGAGCAUCACGCUCUCCCCAAUUGGUAUGCAGCAAGGCAUGGCUGGAGGAUCUGGCAUGUCACCAAUGGGCUCCCCCGAAAAUGAUCUUCAAUUAGGACCAAACAGUCUCGGUGGCCAGCAUGGGAUCAAGGUUAACUCAAAUUCAGAUCUCGCGUUUGAGGAAAUGCGCGCUCUAGUUUGCACAACUUUCCUGGGUGAACCGAGUCAGGACAUGGCUUCCUUUAAGCAAUGGUUACAUAACACUCCAAUGGCAGCUUCCAAGAUUGCUGUUGAGGGUAUGUUCCAUGGCCCUCCAACCGUUCUCCUUGUUUCCAUGCCUAUCGCAGUCUGGAAUGUUGUUGCUGCUGAUAGAACUUGCGCUUUCCUGGGCUACGUAAACUCACAUAACAUGGCAACCGAAUAUCAGCAUCUUGUUGGUGGAAUCUCGCCGAUUGGCAAAGCAGCAACAUAUAGAGAGCUUGAGGAUGGCAAAAUUCUUCUUGAGGCUCGUGAGGUAGCAUCCACAACGCCAGUCAUGAUACGUCACGACAUAAUGCGUCCAGAACCUGCAAGACCAAUGGGUACGCCAAGUACAGUGAACCCAACUAUCUAUCCAGAACCCAGUUCCUCCUCAGCUAUAGUGGAACCAAAAGAAAAUGUCGAGGAUUCGGUUGAGAUGCACGAGGCGGCGGAGCAGCUUAAGGCCCUUAGUCACGUUCGCCAUGUCAGUCACGAUAAUCUUGCUAAUGACCGAAAUCAUUCUCACUUACCUUCAGAGGACUCGCCUGGCUUGAGAAGUGCCCGCGAAGAAUCUGCGUCCUCCCAAGAACAAGUAGACUCCGGUACCGAAGAACCAUUGUACAAUUCUGAAUUUAAUUCUCCGGCCUCAAGGCCAAAACCACGAAGAUCCAUACAAAAGCAAGGCCCAAAACAAGACACACGGUGUACACUGUGUAGCCAUGCACCCUUCAAAGACUCGUCGUCAUUACGAAAACAUAUCGCCGCGGCUCACACCAGACCGUUUCCUUGCGCCUUUUCCUUUGCGGGCUGCACUAGUACAUUUGGUUCCAAGAACGAAUGGAAACGACAUAUUGCCUCUCAGCAUCUCUGCUUGACUUAUUACCGAUGCUCCUCCUGUCCUCAGAGCUCGGUGGAAGGGAAGGGCAACGAGUUCAAUCGAAAAGAUCUCUUUACUCAACAUCUCCGAAGAAUGCAUGCCCCAUUUGCUAUCAAGAAAGCUAUUGCAAAAGGCGACAGUAAGCUGCAACUAGAAUGGGAAUCCCAUGUAAAGGAAAUGCAAGCAUCAUGUUUAGUUAUUCGGCGUCAGCCACCCCAACGCUCUGCCUGCCCCAAACCUGAUUGCGCAAACGUUUUUGAGGGCGCAGGAAGUUGGGACGACUGGACUGAGCAUGUUGGUAGACAUAUGGAAAAGGGAGAGGCUGGUCGACUUGGUGUAGACAGACUCCUUGCACGUUGGGCUCUUGAGCAGAAUAUCAUCGAACGAAAGGAAGAUGGUGAAUACAGACUCAUUGGCACCGAGCGCGAAGGAAAUGCCGGAGGCUACUAUUCCGACGGCAAUGGCGUGAGUAAAAAGGAAAUGGAUGAGAAAGGUGACAAUGAGGGUAUGAUUCUUGAUGCAUAAUGGUUUUUAGGAUAUUUAUUGAAAGUUACAUGGUAAAUGGGUUAAAAGAAUUGGCGCAGGGCAUACCAUAGGGAGGGGUUGGUUUGGUUGAUUUGGUGGAUUCUAGCUUACUUGCCCCUUUUUUAUUUUUUUCCUUCUUGGAAGCCCCUCGGGUCUGGAGUACAAAGUCUUCUUCUUUUUUCGCUAGGUUUCCUUUUUCUUCGCUAUUUGCGUAGCAAUGAGUAAGGUUUACUCACUGCCUCUGGUUCUCCGUUUACUUUUUUUCCGUUGCUUUCUUUUCUAAUGCAUUCGUUGUGCUAUCCUAGUUUUUAUUAUGUAGCCUUUCUUCUCGAAUUAAAUACGUG